CGGGAACGGGGGCGGCGCGGCGUUCCGGGCGGCGGCGGCGGACCGCGCUCCCCCCCCCGCCCCCCCCGCCCCCUCCCGCCCCUCCGGAGCGCGGCCUCGGUGGCGGCCGGGCGCGGAGCGCCAUGGAGCCGCGCACAGAUUGAUGCCGAGGUGCUGAUCCGGGCGCCGCCGACCCCAGCUGCCGGGAGGAAUCCAUGAGCGCAGGACCUCGGCUAUGGACAUCGUCCUGUCGGAUUUUGUUCGCUCAACGGGGGCAGAGCCGGGACUGGCCAGAGACUUGCUCGAAGGCAAGAACUGGGAUCUGAGCGCGGCCCUGAGCGACUUCGAACAGCUGAGGCAAGUGCACGCCGGGAACCUACCCCAUUCCUUCAACGAAGGACGCAACUAUAAACCCCCCGAAAAGGAGGCAGCCCGUCCCGGGCGACCGCCGCUCCAGCGGCAGGAUGAUAUCGUGCAAGAAAAACGCCUGUCUCGAGGCAUUUCGCACGCCAGCUCCACCAUCGUCUCCCUGGCCCGUUCCCACGUCUCCAGCAACGGCAGCAGCGAGCACCUGCUGGAGAUGCCCAUCUGCACCUUCCAGCUGCCCGACCUCACCGUGUACACCGAGGACUUCCGCAGCUUCAUCGAGCGAGACCUCAUCGAGCAGUCGAUGCUGGUGGCGCUGGAGCAGGCUGGUCGUCUGAACUGGUGGGCGAACGUGGAUCCCAGCUGCCAAAGGCUGCUCCCCCUGGCCACCACGGGCGAUGGGAACUGCCUGCUCCACGCCGCCUCCCUGGGUAUGUGGGGUUUCCACGACAGAGAUCUCAUGCUUCGCAAAUCCCUUUACACCUUGAUGGAUAAAGGCGUGGAAAGGGAAGCCCUGAAGCGGAGGUGGCGCUGGCAGCAAACGCAGCAGAACAAGGAGUCUGGUCUUGUUUACACGGAAGAGGAGUGGCAGAAGGAGUGGAACGAGCUGAUCAAGCUGGCAUCCAGCGAGCCUCGCGUGCACUACGGCACCAACGGGGGCGGCUGCGGAGGCGUUGAGAGCUCCGAGGAGCCGGUGUACGAGAGCCUGGAGGAGUUCCACGUUUUCGUCCUCGCCCACGUGUUGAAGAGACCCAUAGUGGUGGUGGCAGACACGAUGCUGCGGGACUCGGGGGGAGAAGCCUUUGCCCCGAUUCCCUUUGGAGGGAUCUACCUUCCCCUGGAAGUCCCAGCCAACAAAUGCCACCGUUCUCCGUUGGUACUGGCUUACGACCAAGCCCAUUUUUCUGCCCUGGUAUCCAUGGAGCAGAAGGAACCCACAAAAGAUCAAGCCGUGAUCCCCCUGACGGACUCCGAGCACAAGCUGCUGCCCGUGCACUUUGCCGUGGAUCCCGGGAAGGAAUGGCAGUGGGGGAAAGACGACAGCGACAACGUCAAGCUGGCCAGCGUGACGUUAUCGCUGGAGGCAAAGCUGCACUUGCUGCACAGCUACAUGAAUGUGAAAUGGAUCACGUUGCCUUGUGACAUGCAGGCGCCUUUGGCCCAGCCGGAAUCCCCUACAGCCUCCGCCGGCGACGACGCUCGUUCAGCCGCGGAGUCGGGAGAGUCGGACAAGGAGUCGGUCUGCAGCAGCUCCACAAGCAACGGCGGCGGCAGGGCUUGCAAGGACAAAGAGAAACCAAAGAAAGACCGAGAAAAGGAUAAGGAAAAAGAUAAGAAACGGGCGGACUCGGUCGCCAACAAGCUGGGCAGCUUCGGCAAGACUUUGGGAAGCAAGCUAAAAAAGAACAUGGGUGGCUUGAUGCACGGCAAAGCUAUCAAGGGAGGCGUGAGCAACGGGCAGGGAGAUACCUUGGAGAAGAAGAAGAAAGGGUCCUUGAAGGCAAGGAAAGGCAGCAAAGAGGAAUCUUCCCAAGGAGAUUUGUCAGCUCCUGUGGAGAAAACCUGCCCGGGCAAAGCAGCCCCCGAAAAGCCGUCGGACCCCUACAAGUACAGCAACGACGUCAGGCUGAGCCUGAGCAUCCUCCGGGCUGCCAUGCAGGGAGAGCGCAAGUUCAUCUUCGCCGGCCACCUCAAGACCAGCAACCGGCACCAGUACCAGGAGGAGAUGAUCCAGCGGUACCUUCUGGAUGCCGAGGAGCGCUUUAUGGCCGAGCAGAAACAAAAGGAGGCGGAGAAGAAGGCGCUGGGCGGCGCUGCCCCCGCCAAGAAGCUGGAGCCGGAGGCGAACGCCCACAAGGGCGAGGAAGCGAUGCUGAACCCCGCGUACCCCCAGCCUCCCCCUGCGUACGCCAUCCACGCCCCGGAUCCGGCCGUAGGCGCUAAAAUAGCAGCUUUUCCCUCCGGCUACUCGGGCGUUUUCACCUUUCCCAGACCCUCCAUGGCCAGCAGCGUGGAAGGGUCGCAUCCCCCCAGCUAUCAAGACAGCAGGCGGCAGGUAGCCGGGGGUUCCUGCAGCAGCCUUCCUCCCUACGCCACCUUACCCAGACAUUGCCCCCAGGCGCGGCCGAAUCCCUACCAAACCAGCCCUUCCCACCUGGGGAGAUUCUCCCCCACGGACACGGACGUCCACCCCACCCACCCGUUGGAGGGCGACGGCUCCGCCGGCCUCCCCCCGCACAGCAACGGCUACAGGGAAUGCCUCGAGCAGGACAGCUCGCAGAAGGGAACGCCAGCAGACAAGACUAAAAGCCGCGUUCUCUAUAACGUUCCGCAGACCAAAUGCAAGCAGCCGAACUGCAGUUUUUACGGGCAUCCAGAAACUGGGAAUUUCUGCUCCUGCUGUUACAAAGAGGAGCUCAAACGCAAGGAGCGGGAGGCUCUAGUGCACAGGUUCUGAGCGCCCUGCCCCGGCGCCCAUCUUGGGACCCAUGAAAGAUGGGGAAUGCAAUAAUAUAUAUACAUAUAUAUAUUAUUAUUUUCUUUUUCAAACCCCCCCCCCCCCCCCCGCUCCUCUCCCUGCCUGUGGAAGGAGGGAGCGGGAAUUUGGCCGGAUGGGCUGAGAAACGGGAUUCAGCGGGUGAUGGAGGUGAUGCAGGAGGGUGGCGGGAGGGAGAGGGGGCGAGAAAAUCCAGCCCCCCCACACCCCCCCCAACACCCCCCUCCCGGAGCCCCGGCGAGAGGGAGGAGGAGGAGGAUGCUUUUCAAGAGGCUUCUGCGUGCGAGGGGUGACCGGGGUUGGCGGAGGGCGUGCGAGGGGCGGAAGCGGGGGGGGUGGUUUUUCAAAAUGAAUUUAAUAAACCAGACCAAAGCUUUCGGGGAGCAGCACCCCGCCGGGUCCUUCCAGCCGGACCCCGACGUCGCCAACUGCCCCCAGUCGAGCGAAAACGCCCCAGCAAUUUCAGUUUGAGCGUCACAGACCUUUUAAUUGACAGAUUUUAUUAUUUUUUUUUAAAACACUGUUUUUAUUUUAUAUCUCUUUUUGCUGGUACUGAGCGAAACUUAGUUGGAAUCGGACAUUAUUGGGCGGAUUUUUUUAGCGGAACUCGUCCGAGCCCGGCCCCACCCGAGGCCUCUGAGCAGCGGGCUCGCGGCGCUCUCCUUCCGACGGGCUCCACUCUUGUCUUUUUUUUUUUCUUCUUCUUCUUAAAACAUUAUUUUUAAACUCUUUCUCGGGGCGGGAGGGAGACGGAGGGGGUGGUCACAGUGCUUGAGUGGUUUUGAGGUUGUGUUUCUUUCGUUCCUGCAGAAGCACUGUGCAAAACCGUUCUGUUCGCAGCGCGGUCGACCCGGCUUAGUAAGAAUUGAGGCGAGAAACAAGGUCAGUGUCUCCACCCAGCAAUAACCACCGGCGUGGGGAGGUAGAGAGGGCGAAGCGCGCCCCGCAGCCCCCGGGGGGUAAAUCCGCAGCGGGCUGCCGGGCACGGACGCGCGCACCCGCGGUAACUCUUUCUACUUGAGCAAGCUACUUCCGUACUACCUCUGUUCUGCUGAAUCGAAUUAACUCGGCUCCAUUUUGCUGAGCCACGUAACUGACCUUAGGCUGAGGAAUAUUAAAAGCUAUUUUUGAUAAUAGGGCUAAAGAGCGAAACGUGCAGAGAAAAAAAAAAACAAACAAACAAACAAAACCCGUCACUAACGUCACACACUCGAUUAUGGUCCACUACGUUCCCUUCUGCCCCCGUCCCAGCCCUUGCGGCGUAGGAUGAACCCAGCGCUCCCGCUCACGUCGUGCAGGGUGGGGUUAACUUUAGCACUGCAGUGUUUGCACAGACCUUGGGGGUUGGUUUUUUUUUCCCCUUUUUUCCUCUUUUUUUUUGGUAACUACAGCUCCCAGCCCGGACCCGAUCCUGCAUACAGCGAGGUUCAGCGUUUUACCACGUGAAAAUAAAACAUGGAUUAUACCGAUAACGCAAAGCUUUACAACAUUCCCUCAUUUUUUUGGGGUUUUAUGUUGGUUUUUUUUUUAAACUUUUGUUUGUUUUUCAGAAGGCAUCAAACUAUGCAACCCCUUCCCGCGCGGCUCCUGCCCGCCGCCCUUCCCGGGGCGAAGGGACGAGAAAACCGGGCAGAAAGUGUACUUAACGCUGGGGAAUCACCUGAAGCCUUAUCCCCACAAACACACUAAGGCUUGGUUCUAACGUACAACUGUUACCGGUUCAAUGUAUACCUAAAACCCCACAAAUUCAGGCCUUUCCCAGAGGAGGCGGCCGCGCGGGGUCCUAAGCCUGGCUCUAACCGUUCGGGUCGAGCCAUCGAAGCGGCUCGUCAACGGAUUUAAAUAUCCCGGCGAUGGUUUCACUCUGAUUUCACGUGUUCUCUUAGGUGGGGUUUUUUUUAUUGAAAGGCCCGGCCUAGACAAGCCUCGCCCAGCUGCUGCCUGUGGCCGGGGGUCGGCACCCGCUCCCGUGGGCGUCCGUACCUCGGAGCGGGCGCCGGGGGGGGAACCUUUUCCCUCCCGCCGCAGGAGUGCCGCUGUGCUGUAACCCGGGGCCGGGACCACGCCGCGCCGGCCCCGCAGCCGCCUCCUGCUUCACCCCAAAAUAUUACGGUGAGAUGUUUAAAAAAACCAAAAAGGCAAAGGAAAUCCUCGCCGCGCUGGGGCCGCUUGGUUUGUGCCCCAAAUUCGGCCCCUUGGUUUUGCUGUCACGGGAGCGGCGGCUUCACUUCAGUCGCGGGGGACGCUCCGGGAGGAGGGGAGGCACAAGGCGAGGCCUCGCCUGUGGUUCCCGCUGUUCUGGGGGCGAUUUCUCCCCGUUUUGGUUAACUCCAUCCUGCCGCGGGGCCGAGCCCGGGGGCGCCGGAGGUUGCGGUGCGGUGGGGAGCGCCUGGCGCGGGGUUUGGGACCCCCCCCUCACUGGAAGGCGGCUCCUUCCCGGCGCUCGGCGGUAACGGGGCGCCGCCGGGAAACCUCGGGUGCCAAAACAGCGGAGAUUCUGGGGAGCUUCGCUUAAAUCUUGCAACGGUGACGGGGCUUUUUUUGGGGGGGGGGAAAAGCAGGUUUGGCCGGGCGCUUUGUGUUCUUAUUAUUGAAGUUUGGCUGUUUGGGGGUGCAAACCUGUCCCCACCCCGCGGGCACCUGGAAGGGAGACGGGAAUCGGGCUCCUGCGCCACCCCCCGGCCCUGCGGUUAAGGAGGAAAAGGGCAAAACUCGCCCAAAAAGUCGUUCUCCAGGUCUUGGGGGGGGUUUGGACACGCGGCCCCGGGGGGUCCCCGCGCCGGUUGCAGGUUCGUCGGUGCCCGGCGCUGCCGGAUUUUACUGCGGUCAGUGGAGUUUGGAGGUUUGGGGGUUUUUGAAACCAAAUUGGGGGUGGGGGGACCCAAGUGAACUUCAGGCAAUGACGAAAAAAUCUUUGAGGAGUAUUUUUGCUAGGAGGGGCAGAGUUUGAGCUCUUCCCCCCGCACCCCCGGAGCCCCGGCCGCAGCCGGGUCGCACCAAACCGGCUGCGUUUCUUCAGAACCACAAAGGAUUUUUUUCAGGUCAUUUUUGUUUCCUUUAUGGUGAAACUAAUUUUUUUUUUUCUUUUUGUUUUUUUAAGGGACUAUUAAAGACAAAUUCUAUUUAUUGAAAGAUUAUAUCUACCAUCCGCCGGUUAUAACUCACGGACACACUAAAGCCACUGCCUGCGCCCUCUUUUCGGGCCGUGGGACUAGAUAUUUUUCUGGCACCUAUUUUUGUAAAGCGGGGAGGGUUGGGUGGGAGAGCGACAGCGACUCGUGCUCCAAAGCCCCUUCCGUGGAGGAGAAGCCCCACAACCUGCCCCCCGGGAGGGGUUUUUCCCCCCCCUCGGCCGGGGGCUGCGCGGAGGGGAUGGGAGGGGGAGGCUGCGACGCCGGCCCGAGGUCAUAAAAUAAGUGCACUUAAUGGUGUCGGUGGGAGGAACGUUGCUGCCGUCGGGCCCCGGGUGCAGUAAAGAUUUUCUUUAAGGGUGCGCAAACCCCGUUAACGAGCAUUUUAUUUUGUGGAAAGAGCAUUUACCUUCCCUGAUGUUACCCGGCCCCUCCGUGGGGGAGGCUGACGGGACGCUUUGGUUAUCACUAAUCCUGCGAGAAGUGACCUGAAUUAAUUCUGCCAUUCGUUUUAUUCACAAAAGACACCUUUUUUUUUUUUUUUUAAUUAAAUAUUAGGCUGGUGAUAUUUUAUUUUUCCUACUCCUCGCUGUAGCGAGCACUAGAUGGCGCGUCGCAAUCGGGCUGUACACCGCAUCCUUCGUUUAUGCUACCAUAGAUUCACUGACAAUAAACAACGUUCAACUAAUGAA